UGUCGGGCCGAAGUGUGUGGAAAUGGGUUUAUAGACGAUUUGUACGACUCAAAUGGUAAUUUUUUAAGAAAAGAAGAAUGCGAUAAUGGAACAAACUGUAAUAAAUAUUGCAAAUGUUAUGAAGAUUUUAUUACUGAUCCAAACGAUGAAACUUCAUGUAUUCUUAAAACCAAAAUUACAAGUGGAGCAAUCGCUGGAAUUGUUUCUGCUUCUUUAUUUGUGUUUUUGGUACUUGUGAUAAUAUUUGGGUUUCUGAUAUAUUAUGGUUUAAGAUACAAAAAGGUAGAUAUUGAUAUUUACAAAACACAACAACCAAUGUACCAUUUUUAUAUUACUGGAUCAAAGAGACAACUUCCAGGAAAAAUAUCAAAAUAUUAUAUUGAUCCAGUGGAGUUGGACUAUGGAAACGACAAUCAAGCAACAAAUAUUUUUGAAACAAGAUUUCAAAGAAUGGAAGUGAAAAAUGCAAGUAAAAACAAAUAG